AUGGCUGAUUACUACAAUUCCAAUUCCUCCUACGGUAACAAACGUGCUAAUGAUGAGCAAAGAUACUACAACAAGGAAGCUGAAGAACGUCAAUCCAGUAGAACUGAAGAAGGUGAAGAAGGUGAAAGAGGAUUCUUAGCUACUGUUGGUGGUGGUGCUGCUGGUGGUUACGCUGGUGCCAAACUUGGUGGUAAAAAAGGUACUGCUGGUAAAAUCCUUGGUGGUUUAGCUGGUGCCAUUGGUGGUAGUAUUGGUGCUAACAAAUUGGAAGAUAAAUACGAAGAUUACAAAGAAAAUAAACAAAACCAAAGUCAAUCUUACGGCGGUAACCAAUCUUAUGGAGGCCAACAAUCUUAUGGAGGCCAACAAUCUUAUGGAGGUCAACAACCUCAAGAAGAUGAAAGUUUCUUGUCUAAACACGGUAAGAAAAUCGGUAUUGCUGCUGGCGCUGCUGCUGCCAUUGGUGGUACUGCUUUUGCUUACAACCAAUACAAGAACAAAAACGAUGACUCAGACUCAGACAAUGAAAAGUCAAAAAGAAGAAAUUCCAGAAGCAGAAGUAGAAGCAGAAGUAGAGACAGAAGAAACUCCAGAAGCAGCAGCAGAAGCAGCAGCAGAGGUAGCAAGAGGGGUAACCGUGAUGAACAAUCUUUGAUUGAUGCCGUUGCCCAAAAAGCUGGUAAGGUUGAACAAUUAAAGAGAGAAGGUGCUUCCCGUCGUGACAUCGAACACGCUGAAGAAAAACUCAGAAAACAACAACAAGAAUUAGCCAGAUUCAGAGAAGAACAAGCUGCCAGAAGAUAUUAG